ACGGUGUCCUCUUGUCGCGUAUUGAUCCAGCAGUCAGUUGAUUUGUAGCUUUUGAGUCAGGAUGGUGUCUGUGGUGUGUAACUGUUUGUCGGUUGUUUCUGGCUAAAGGUAUCUGGCAUUUUGCGGCUUUAAUGUCCCGUGCAGCUAAUUUAAAAACCAUCGGCAAAGCGGGAACCGGCUGGCACUUUCACCGGACGAUGGACGAGCUGGUCCAUGACCUGGUGUCGGCACUGGAGGAGAGCUCAGAGCAAGCUGCUCGUGGUGGAUUUGGAGAUGGAGGAGACCAUGCACUGGCAGUGGGCUGUCUGCUGAAGAGGCAGGCUCGGAAGAGGAGGGGUAGGAAGAGGCGCUCAGACAAUCCACAUCCACCCUGGGAGACGGGCCACCUCAGUGAAGGUUCAGAAUCCAGUGUGGAAGAACAUAAGGACUACCGUGCAAGUACAGGAGGUGUUUCUGCUGCCAACAGUCAUGGCCGUGACAACAGUGACUCAGAUGAACAGCUUGGCCCCAAAAGGCGUACCCCCCUCACUUCUGAUGUGGGCCGAAACAAGAGACCGCUUUGGCCGGAUGACAUGGGUGUCCUUGGUUCUGCAGAGGGAACUCGCAGCCUCAGAAGGCGACGUAAGGUCAAACGAAUGGCUGUAGAUCCACCUGUGGAACCAGAACCCUCCUCCUCCAAUAUGCUUGGGCCGCCACCUGUGCCCAAAGCCCGUGUUGGUGUAAGGCCUCAUAGACUUGGUUUGAAUGAGGACAGGGUUGCCAUGGAGCUGUGUGGAGGAAGCAUGGGAGGGAAGAACAGGGUGAAGAAGAGGAAACUUGCCACCAUCAGGCUGGGAGUGGAGGCUGCGGAUGAAGGGGUGGUGGUGGAAAGUGAGGACCCCAUAUCCUCCCCGGUGGAAGGGUCCAAAGACAAAAUGGAGCUGGAGGAGCAGAAGGGCUCAGAUGAGGAGAUGAGUGACAGGUGUGAAACUAGCAGCGUCAGUAACAGCAGUGACGGUGGCCUCUACACCAAUGAUGAGGGGAGACAAGGUGACGACGAGCAGAGCGACUGGUUCUAUGAAGGUGACCCAGGCUCAGCUACAGCAGCCGGAGGCGCCUGUGGGAUAGCAGGAGUGAUUCCGUGGUGGGAGAGGGAGACGGGGUCAGAGGAGCUGGACCUCGCUGACCCAGUCUUCAAUAGUAUUCUCACGGGAUCCUUCCCACUCAUGAGCCCUGGACAACAGAGAGGUUUCCACGCCAGACUGAGCCGUCUCCAUGGAAACCAGCAGGCGUCUGAUGUCGGAAUGCAGGGCAGCUCUGGCCAGGGUUUCAAUGACCGUCUGGGUAGACAAACCCAGGAUUCCCAUGACAGGCCGUGGUUUAGCUCAGGCCCAAGGAGAGAUCAUGGACAGCUGCACUGGGACCCACGGGCAGACAGAGGGCAUCGGAGAAGCUGUUCAGUAAAAACAGCCAGCAGACAGACCAGCGGGCACCUGGGCUCUCUAUGUACGGGAGAUGUCAAGCGGAGGCGAAAAGCAGCCCCCCUCGGUUCCACUGCCCCCCCAGGUGUGGUUGGGGAGAGCGCUCCUCCCAUCCCGGACACGAACAUGGGGAGCCGCAUGUUGCAGAGCAUGGGCUGGAGCCCGGGGAUGGGCUUGGGUCCAGAGGGAAGGGGCAUCACGGAGCCCAUCCGAGCCACACAAAGACCCAAAGGCACAGGUUUAGGCUUCAACUGAACGCCCAGCUUCUGGAUCUUGAACCUACAGCAGACUUCAACGAGAUGCUCCAGGAGCGACAAGGAGUAACAGAGAUAUAAUGCUGCUUAGAUGAUGACGAUGAAGAAUCAAAACUAGAAAUCUGCGAAUGGGGCUCGUCCUAGCAACAUAGUCUGACCUGAAACAGAAACCUUCCCAUAUUGGGGAAACUGCAAGAAGCUUGUGAUAUCCACAUAUACACACACACACACACACACACACACACACACACGGGUGUGAGUGACUGCAGCUGAGGUGGAGAAAAUACUUCUUGCAAACACGUCCUGUUGAGAAACUCCAUGUUGGAGGAAAUGGAUGACAUUGAUGGCUCAUUGUUAGUGGUUUAAGCUGGCAUGCUGCCUCAGACCUGUUACCUCACACACCAACGUUACAGCAUUUCAGACUCGAGAGUUUUGUUGUUGAUCCUGUAGUGAGAGCAGCCGCGAUGACAGAUCGGUUUGUUUUUCCGGUGGCGGUAUUGGUUAUCGAUUUCAUGAUAAAUGGUUGUGUCCAAUAUUGAUGCGAGAAUGUUUUCGAAACUGAAAGGCUGUUUUGUUUCAGACGUACCUCAAGAUGUAUUUUAGGUUCCUUUUUAUUGUCAUGAAAUUAGGGCACACUGUAUGGAUGUGUGUUGGGGAUAAAGUUUUCCCAUCCAUUUUUAUUGUUCGUUUAAUGAUUGGUGUAAUGUCAUCAGAAAUACUUUAUCUACCCCAAAACAAAAAAAAAGAUAAAAAUCAAAACCACAACCCGCCCAUCAUGUCCCACCACUAUGUAAGCAUGUGCAGCUGCGGCUGCUGCAGGUCUCUGCUCAUGUUUACAGAGACAACACACGUGGAUAUGCGAGGGAAUGUUUUGCCAACAGUUUUCUCAAUUGUUGUCUGGUAUUUUAUCCCCGACCAAUGUUUGUACUGCAGACUGCAGUAUUAGUGAGUGUACACACACUAAUGUAACAAGUAGCUAUGACUGUCAGAUUAUGUAGUUCAGACUUCGGAGGGUUUCCUCCCCUCCAGGUUUGCAAAUGGUGGGGGGAAAAAAAUCAUACAAAUAGCUCAUUUCAGUGUGUGCAGAAUUUGAGAAAAUGUAUAAUUGCUGUCAUAAGACGCAUCAAAAAGCCCGACAUACACACAAUUAUUAUUAGUUUACUGGUGUUUUCACUUGAUUUGCUUGAUUAUUAGACCUUUGUCAGGACUGUGGGCACAAACAGACUGUGAAUGGCAUCUAAUCUGAUGCAAAUGAACACAAAUGAUGUGCAAAAACGUAAUUACAAUUAAAGCAACUGAAGAAGUA